AUGGCAACGCUCGGCCUAGACGACGACGAGCUCAAGUCUGUUGAGCACAUGGUCGCGCGACUGGCUCAGUUAUCCAGCAGCAUCCAGAGUCUCAAGCUGGACAUUUUAAAAAGCAACCCCUUGCCGCAUCCUUCAUCGCUCCAGGCCUCGGCCCAAAUCAUCCAACGCAACCUGCAGUCCGUGCUGGACAGCCUCAACGCCAACUCGGACCUCUUCACCCGAAUGGCUGUUCGCCCCUCGACCAACUAUCCCGGCCGGACGCAGGAAAACAUUCUCACGCAGCUGCUCCGCAAGAAGCUUGAGCCCGACGUGGAGGAGCUGGUUCUGCAGGGCCGCGAGACGGCCAAGCUCGCUACUGCAGAGGGCGUCGCCGAACUGCAGUCCAUAUGGGAAGAGCUGAGGGAGUGGACGCACGGCCGCAUAGCAGCCUACGUUAGAGACGAGGCGGGAGACGUGUACACAAAGGAGGAGAGGAACCUGGGCGUGCAGAACGUGCGCACAGGGCUGAAGAGGGCGUUGGAUGACGAGAGCGACGACGACGACGACGACGACGACGGCGACGACGAUGAUGAUGAUGGCGGUGACGACGACGCGGACGGCAAGGACGAGGUUGGCGACGGCGAUGGGAACGACGAUGCAAAGGACGGGGAGGCGGCGAACAAGGGUGCCGAACCGGAGACGCUGCUCUGGUUCGCGGCGAGGGGUGACUUUGAGGUGCCUCGGAAUGUGGAGUUUGAGAGGAAGCUGGGCAUCAUCAAGAGGGGGCUAGAAGGGGUGAAUAUACCGCCGAGGGGGACGGAGAUGGCUUUGUCUUAA